ACACGCCCUCUCUGACCCACCAUGGUGCCCUUAGUGACGUGCCCUUUAUGACCUACCAUGGUGCCCUCAGUGACGUUCCCUUUCUGACCCACCAUGGUGCCCUUUGUGACGUGCCCUAGGUGACCCCCCAGGCCACCGUAUAAAAGGCAACGGGUCAUACCGCUCAUGCCAGUGUCCGGCAGGACAGUGACGGGACAGAGCGGGAGCGCAAGGCUGGCGCAGACCCCUGAGCGCAGCCCACGUUGUUCCCCGCUGCCCCAGCAGCCCUGCGGUGCCGAGACACUUCUUGGAACAUUCUUCGUUCCCCGCGCUACACCUUUGCCUUGUCUGAUGAGGAUGGCGGAGGGACACGCUGCAUCCAUGCAGUUCAUCCAGACUUUUCUGGAGAGCUCAGUGAAGGAGGAGGCUCAGAAGAUUCGGUUCCUGCAGACCGUCUCCACCCUGAGCAAGGAUGCCAGAGAUGAGGGCUUCACACAGAAACUGAAGGAGUUCUACCACCGAUUUCAGGUGGCAAAGAACAUCGAGGCGCUGGUGGAAGAGGAGCCCGUGGACCACCUGCACACGGCCGUGCGGCAGCAAGCCAUGCUUGCCCUCGCCCAUAUGAGCAAAGUGGAGAUGGCACUGGGGGGCAAGAAGAAAAGCCUUUUAGAGGCCUGUUUCAGGAGUGUCUUCUUGCUUCCUCCUAAAACAGACAUGCAGGGCCUAGACAAUUUCCUCUACUUUAAGACCCUGGAUGCCAUGGACAUCCUGCUUAAGAGCUUGGUGCUCAGCUCCCCUGGCUGCAAGGACCUGAGGAUUAUCUUGCAGAUGCUGCUGCCUUUCACCGACACUAAGAAUGCAGCUGCAUGUGAAAGGGCUGUGGUCAGGAUUGGGAAGCUGGUCGAUUUGAUGGACAGCUCUUCCUCGGUGCAGGUCUGGAGCUUGCUUACAGAUGACAACAGCUCUUCCCACGGUGACACUAUCCAUGACCGCCUCCUGGGACAGCUGCUGGGACAUCUCAUUGUUUGCUGGACUAGCAAGAUCUGGGAGAUCCAGUAUGAGGCUUUGGAUACUCUUCAUUACCUCUGCAGAUGCAUCCAGCAGCAAAAAUGUGUGACAUCACCAGAGGAUGAUCUAAAGCAUCCCCAGUGUGGAGGCGAAAGGAAAGCUGGGAAACCCUCCUGGCUUUCCGUGUGCAGCACCAGGAGCAUUGUAAAGGUAAUGAGCUUCUCCCUUGCUGGGCCUUGUCCAGGGCAUCAGCAGGAGACUGGUGUGAGCAAAGGGGUCCAGAACGAGCAGGCUUGCCAUGGUCUCACUGUCCCUGCGACUGCAGCCCCUGCUGCCAGCUUUCCUGCAUUUGGGGAAGACCUCCGACCCCCUGAUAAGACGGUCAUCCUUGUCAAGGCCAUCGAGGCCAUGAGAGACUCAUGCACAUGCGACAAGGAGGAACUGAUCAGCAUUGUGGAUGUGGCCAUGACAGAACCUGCCUCCUGGCUGACGGAGGUGCCUCAGGCACCUUGA